AGACACCUUGCUUCCCCAAUCCCCACCCAAAUCUCUACACGCUCGCCCUUUCUCAUGCCCUCCAUGGCGCAACCCUAGGUACCUCGACCGCACCGCCGCCUCUCAUCGUCUCGGCCCAGUCCCCCCCGCCCCCACCCCGUCCAUCACGCCGCCGCCGCCGCCUACAGUGAAGAAGCAGGAUCUCGCGACGUCAUCCACCAGGACCUCGCCGCCGCCUCUUCCAAUACUUCAGCGACGGUACAGCAAGGUCCAGCCGCCUCCUGCUUCCAGGAAUUCGCCGCCUCCUCCAAGGCCUCAGCGACGCUACAUCAAGGUCGAGCCGCCGCCUGGUUCCACCGCGGCCUCCAAUACCCUCUUCAAUCCCUCCGCUUUGAAGGCUUGAUCAGCUGAGAUGUCAUUAACCCGGAGCUCUUCUUCAGCCUCGAGUGGAACCGCUUCUCCUCCCAGUGAACAGGGUUCAGUUUCUGGUGAAGAACAUAUCUUCAACAGGGAUGGAUUUGCUGAGUUGGAGACCUGGGAAGACCCCACUCCUAGGCCAUCACCCUUUACUCUCAAGGAGCUGGGUGAUGCCUGGGUUGCUGCUGCAAAGCGCCAGCUCAUUCGCAGGCCCAAGACACCGCCCCGUGAGGAGCUGCUAAGGCGCAGCCAAGAGCAUGACCUGAAGAGUUUGAUAAUAGCGUUGAACGUCUAUGCCAAGCAAAACAAUAUGCAACCUACUGACCUCGGGGUAAUAGAAGUGAAAGCAAGAAACCUAAUCAUCGAGGGGGGAAAGGGAUAUGUACACUUUAACUUUCUUGUGAAAAUGCAAGGUGACCCAUCUAGUUUGUUCUUUGCGGAGGUGCAUCCAGAUUGUAGAGAGGAGGAGGAUGUGUAUCUUUGCACCCCUUUGGAAGCUAAUGACUCGGGUAACUGUUAUGGGUGCAAGGACCGUGCAAAAGAGCUUUUGCAUCCCACUAGCGGUGGCUACUUGGGUGGGCACAAAGAUGUUGUUUUCCCCUUCAUUUACGGAAGUGAUGAAGAAAGUGAAGAUGAGGCCUGAUUUCUCUUGGUUUCUUGCUUAAGUCUUAAUCUGAUGUGCUAGAGGGGUUAGUCUUAAUCUGAUGUGCUAGUGGGGUUGCGUACGACAAGAAAUGCUGUGGUGCUGGUUUGUGGUCGCAUCAAUUUGUUUUUUUUUCCUUUGACUUUGAACUCAGUUCUUUGGUGGAUUGUACUCUGAAUAGAGAGAGCUGGCCUUAUGGUAAGGUGUUGCGAAGUUGCAAAAGAUUGAUUGAAAUUUCCUCUA